CCAUGCCAACACCCUGCUGGAGCCUGAGGUGGAAUUGUUUGAGAAAUGGUACCGUGAGAUGGAGCCGGAUGGCACAUUGCUCCAGCUGCCGUCCGGGAUGUACAACACCCCGCCGGAGCUGCCGCAGACACCUGUCAGGUACAAAUCCGAGUUUCACGGUGCGAUGGACUAUUUUUUAAGCCUGACAGAGGAGCAAAAAUGCGAGUUGGUUGAGCGGGAGCUGACUGAGGUGAUGGAUGAGAUCCAGAGGAUGAAGGAGGACUCGGAGCAGACCUUGCAGAACCUUGAGGCAGUCAUUGAGGAAGCAGAUGUUUGGUGGAAUGAUGUUAAGAAAGCCAUUGGUGACUUUGAGAAAGACAUAGUCGGCACCAUCUCCAGCAAGAAAGGGAGUAUCACAGCUUCUGAGAAGCUGCUGAGAUACAUGGAGGAGAAGAACCACCAGAGGGAUCUGCUGAGAGAGAGGUUGCGCUUAAAAAAUGAUCUGCUCAAAGAUUACAAGAAGAAGCUGCAGCAGCAGCUCAGGCAGAAGGAGCAGAUGGGAGAGACACUCGAUGAGGUCGACUUGCAGCAGCUGCAGAUUAGAAAUGCCCAGGACCGGGAGAAGAUCGAUGAGAAGAAUGAGGAGCUGCUGCAGCUAAAACAGACCUCAAGGAAGACUCUCCAAGUCCUCAACUUCUAUAAAAGGAAGCUGCAGGACACCAUGGCAACAUCUGCGUCUCUGAUGAAAGAUAUCUCCCAGAGGAAGGAGCUGCUGGAGAAAACUGAAAGAGAAAGUGCUCUGGUGGAGAAGCAACGAGCUGAAGCUGAGAGGGUGAACCGGCAGCUGCGGAAGCAGCUCUCAGACUACAGCGCUCCCCCCGUGCUGAGUUACGUGCAGCAGAAGAUGGCUGUUACUGACCUUGGAAACAGCAUCAAGGCUUGGGAGAGGAAGGUGGCAAUCGCAGAGAUGUCCUUGCAAGGCUGCCGCAGAGCGUGGAACCAGCUCAGGAUGUCUGGUAACCAGCACUAG